CGGUCACUUGGUUUUUUUGUUCAGAGUCGGGGUUUUCUGAUUAUCUUUGCUUCGUUUUGUAUCUCUAUUCUUACGUUGAUAUCCUGUUCUCUGAUCCAUUCUUUCCCUGCCAUUCUCUCCCUUUUCGCUUUUCAUCAUGCUUAGCGCUCUACGCCGCUUCGGCGUCAGCCAUGCGCUGCGAGCCUCGACACCUCGCGCCGUUGCCUCCGGAUUGACCCCCCGGGCCUUGCAAUGGCAUCCUUCCUCCGUCGCGUCGCUCCAGAUCCCCUCCAAGGCUUUGUACCAUGUGUCUGCUCCCCGUUUCGAGGCCCAGGCGCAGUCGAUGACGGUCGAAGAGAGCGAGGAGUUGUCCAAGUUUUCGCAGCUAGCCGACAAGGGCCUGAUUGAUCCCCGAAUCAUCCAGACCAUUAUUCACAAGAUGAAAAUCUCGGACAUGACCGAUGUCCAGAAAAUGACGAUCGAAGAGACGCUGAAAGGCGGCGAUGUUUUGGCCCAGGCUAAGACUGGUACCGGAAAGACCCUCGCCUUUCUUCUUCCCGUGCUGCAGAAUAUCCUUGUGGAUCCCAAAUUGAGACUCAACCAACGCCGUAUGGCCACUACCAGCGAUAUUCGCGCCAUCAUCAUCUCCCCGACCCGAGAAUUGGCGGAACAAAUCGCCACUGAGGCGAGACGGAUCACCAUGGGUACAGGCCUCCAGGUGCAGACGGCCGUCGGAGGAACGCAGAAACGGAUGCACCUGCAGCUCAUGCGGCAACAUGGAUGCCAUCUGCUGGUUGGCACACCGGGUCGUCUGCUCGAUCUCUUGUCGGAUCCUAACAGCGGCGUCAGAGCUCCCAGGUUGUCCAGUUUCGUCUUGGAUGAGGCGGAUCGUCUGCUCGACGAUGGAUUCUCUGACGCAAUUCAGGAAAUCCAGGAUCAGCUCCCUACACACCAAGAGGUUGACCGACAAACACUUUUGUUUUCGGCUACCGUGCCGUCGGAGGUCAUGAGCAUGGUCAACAAGAUCAUGAAGCCUGACUACAAGUACAUCCGCACUGUGAAGGCCGAUGAAGUCCCCACUCAUCUCAAGGUACCCCAGAAAGUGGUGCCUCUCAAUGGUUUUGAAAAUGCCCUGCCUGCCAUCCUGGAACUGGUCAAGAACUACCAGGCCCAAGACAACGAGCGCCCAUUCAAGGGCAUCGUCUACUUCAACUCGACCAAGGAGGUCAACCUGGCCUACGAAGUGUUCAGAGGUCUACUCAACUCACCCGGGAACCUUCGCAGCGGACAUCCUCUGAAGAAUGUGCGGAAAUACGAGCUGCACUCGCGCCUCACCCAGGCCCGGAGAUCUCUCUACGCUCAGAAGUUCCGUAACGAUGCUUCCGCCAUCCUUUUCUCUUCCGACGUGACGGCCCGGGGUAUGGACUUCCCCGAUGUGACGCACGUCAUCCAAGUUGGACUUGCUCGUGACCGCGAAUCUUACAUCCACAGAUUGGGUCGUACUGGACGUGCCGACAAGUCUGGUGAAGGGUGGGCUUUCAUUCACAAGCGUGAGCAUAAUGCUUUCAAGGAAAAACUGCGCAAUCUGCCUAUCGAAAGGGAUGACUCGCUGGCUUCUGCUUUCGUCGACAGGACCGACGAGAUGGCCACUGUUCCUCCCGAGACCCAGGAGACCUUUGCUCAAGUGAAGGAAGCUAUGGAGAACGUUCCCGAAGAGUUGAGAGUUGACGCUUACAAGGGCCAGAUGGGCGGCUUGCUCGGCACCUUUGACAGCACCAAAACCAUGAUCAGCUGCAUGAAAGACCUGGCGGUGCAUGGAUACCAUCUAUCCGAGAUCCCCUCUACUCCUUCAUACGUUUUGAGCAGUGGCAACUCAGCUCGCCGUCCCUAUAAGACGUUUUCUGGGAUCCCUGACCGACACCGCAUGAACUCCCGUGGUCGUCAAAACUCGGGCUUUAACGACCGAUACAACCAGCGAGGCCGUCGUGACAGCGGUUAUGGCGGUAGUUUCAGAGGUCAAGGUGCCCGUGGCAACAGACGCCGUGAGAACUUUGAUUACGAUUUUUAAUCCAACACUCCUUUUCGAGCGGGAACCGGAAACUGAAAUAUCCCCUCCCUUGUUCCAACAACAACAAAUAGACGCGCAGCAACACAAAAGCAACCCCAAAAGAAGGCGAAUUCACAAAGAGAACAACACAACCAAACAAAAACUACCAUAAUUGCAAUUGCAUUGGGCGGCGUUUUCAAUCACUCUUGACAAUCCAUCUCUCUCCUCCGGGCCGAAUUUCUUACCCCUUUUCAUCCAUGUACAUUGACGCGUUAAUUUAUUCCCUUCACCUGGGCUUACAGUACUCGGGGGCAGCGGAAAACUUACCUUUGACUGACUUGUUCUUGUUUGUCCCUUCAUUCCUCAUGCCCAUGGAAGGAUCAUUCUUCUUCACGCUGGGCGUCACUGGGACUGGACUUUCGGGGUCUUUUUUGUUCAUUGUUGGCCCCCUUUUUUGUAUUUUAUAUUGUGUGUAUGUACGAUUGUAUGUAGCUAUAUGUACUUGAUUUUCUAGAU